GCUGGGGAGCGCGAUCGCUCGAGAGAGACGAGAGCGAGAGAGCCGGAGUAGCUGCCCUCCAGCCCAGCUCUGACAGCCCGGAGCCCAGCGCGGGGCCGCGGGUGUCCUCGACCGACCGGAGGCGGCGAGUGCGUGUGCUGGUGGGGGUUGAUCCCGCGUCUCCGGCCCCCGGUGCAGAAUGGCGACGGCGGUUCGGAUGAACAUCCAGAUGCUGCUGGAGGCGGCCGACUACCUGGAGCGGCGGGAGAGAGAAGCUGAGCAUGGUUAUGCCUCCAUGUUACCGUACAAUAACAAGGAAAGAGAUGCCUUAAAAAGGAGGAACAAGUCCAAGAAGACUAACAGCAAUAGCAGAUCAACUCAUAAUGAAAUGGAAAAGAAUCGACGGGCCCAUCUUCGCUUGUGCCUAGAGAAACUGAAGGGGUUAGUGCCGCUUGGACCUGAGUCCAGUCGGCACACUACGCUGAGUUUGCUCACAAAAGCCAAAUUGCACAUAAAGAAACUUGAAGAUUGUGACAGAAAAGCCAUUCACCAAAUAGACCAGCUUCAGCGAGAGCAGCGACACCUGAAGAGGCAGCUGGAGAAGCUGGGCAUUGAGAGAAUACGGAUGGACAGCAUUGGCUCCACUGUCUCUUCCGAGCGCUCCGACUCCGACAGGGAAGAAAUCGAUGUGGAUGUUGAAAGCACAGACUCUCUCACGGGGGAUCUGGACUGGAGCAGCAGCAGCGUGAGUGAUUCUGACGAGCGGGGAAGCAUGCAGAGCCUGGGCAGUGACGAGGGCUACUCCAGCUCCAGCAUCAAGAGAAUAAAGCUCCAAGACAGUCAUCAGAAGUGUCUUGGCCUAUAAGAGAAGAUGGUCGUCUCCGCUGCCUCCUGGAUUGGCUCUCCCUGUUGGAUCUGAUUAGGUAGUGUAUUGGACCUGCCACAAUUCCCUUGCACGUAGAUGUCAGUGUGCCACCUUCACCAAAAUCAGCUUUGUAAAAGUGUGAGGAAGUGCUUAGGAUGGUGGGCCUCUGACCGCACCCGCUAGCUUCUCUCUUUGCAUAGAAAUUCGUCUCCGAGAGACCAUACAUUCCAAUCAAUUUGAAGCACCCAAGAAUUCUUAGACCGAAAAAGCAACUUUCACAUCUCAGCAGCUCCCCUUCUCCUUUAUUGUCCCCGUCUAGCCUACGAGACCCUUCUCAAAGUUUUCUGGCUUCCUCUGUGACUGACCUAGAAGAAAUAUCCGAAUGUGUCUUGUGCUUAGGAAACGGAAGGAAACAAACUUUUCAAGCUGAGAUCCUGUUCUCAGAACUCCAAAGUCAGCUUUGAAAGCAGCUUUUAAGAGCACUUAACCAUGGACCUUACCCCCGUGAGGAGUCAGGAAUACCUCCAGAAAACACCCCUUCGCACACUUCCGUGCUAACUCCCCGGCCUGUGUGGGGAUGGGCGCAGUGUUUCUCACUUGAUAAUGGACACCUCGAUAGCAUGUCUUUGGGGUUGCACAGCUUAUCAAAGUUCCAGCCUUGUUUGUCUUCGCAAACAAACGGUACAAUCUCUCUUCUGUGCGAUGGUCCUGGGACUGCGCUACCUCCGCUCUCCCAGGACCCAUUUCCCCCCUCACAGUUUGUGAUGCUACUUGUCUCUGGAAUAUUUUUUUUCCUACCUCAGAGAUAAAUGAGAUCUCCAUUUCCCACUUAACACAAAGUGAUUAUGCCUCUUCUUCUCUCCCCUCACCCAUAAAUAAGUGACAUUUGGUCCAAUGCUAAUCUAUUUUCCUAUUUAACUUUCAGCAAUAACUGAGCUUUGGAGCUAGCUGAGCUAGUGUCCAUCAGUGAAAGGAAAAGUCCACAUUUCUACUCUCUGUGUUGCAGGUGACCAGGAGAGGCUAGUGCGGUGUUGCUAGAAUUCCUCUUCUUAUUUUUGGACAAACCCCAAAACUUCUUAAUGGAGUCUUUGGAUAGAUAGUUUAAAAGCUGAUUUUUUUUCUUUUUUUCUUUUUGAUUUCCCCUUUAAGUGGUUUCCCACUUUGUAGCAUUUUUAUUUAAGCUAUCAAACAGAGCACAUGCAUAUGUACAGAAGACACAUUAAAUCUAUAAAUACUAUUUAUUCAUUUUAUAUAAACUAAUGUAAUGGAAAAAAAUUAAUUCUUAUGACUUUGUGCUUUUAUAGAUGUUCUGGAAACUUUGUAUGUAGGAAUCUACAAAAUUGGUUCAUUUCCCUUAAUAUUUUUGCAUUCCUAGUUCUGAGGUCUUGAUAUUUUCGGCCUCAGGCGAAUCUUUUUCAUUGAAUUCAAACCAUUUGUAAAAAUCAGUGACGCUGAAUCAAAGUGUGUGUCACAGAAUGAUGAGAGCAUUCCUAAAUCCACAGAUGCACCGUAACUAACCUAAGGGCUCGACUGCUCAACCAUGGCAGGCAGCUGCCUGUGCGCCCACGGCCCACCGUCCCCAACACCUCUCUCUUCCACACAACCGAGUAAAAGUCAAAACACCCUCUAACUGGAAGCUCAUUCUCUACCUGAAGAGCAGUCUAAACAAAGCAAGAUUUAUUUUGAGUCUGAUUUUUCUAUGUAAUAAUUCUCAGCAAAUUACAAUUUUUCACCAGAACUAGUGGAUUCCUAAAUGAUUCCAAAAUCAUCUGUAAACCCUGGUUUUGUUUAGUUCUUUUUCUUUUUCUUUUACUUUUUUUUUCCAUUUCAACUUUGGGUGUGGGGAAGAGCAGGCAACACAAAGGAUUUUUUAUUGUUGGAAUCUUUUCCAAUUACCAGCUGAAGAUUUGCACUGAAAUACAACUAGGAUGCCUUUUGCAUUUUUAAAGCCUGCUUCCCGAAUUUUAGCAGAAUGAUAGUGUUCCGAGAGCCAGCUCAUCCUGUAACAUGUUUGCAAAGAUGGAUCUGCACUUUGAGGUCCCUUGGUAUGCCAUUCUCUAGACCUCACAAGCAUUUUGUUUCAUUGCUACGCUCAAGCGCCUCACGGGUCCACAAUGCUGGAUGCUGGAUAGCAUCACGAACUCAAGACUUUGGGAAAAGCUUGUGGGCUUGCAUUGGGGGAGGGAGGGGGACAAAAUCUGUGUAUUUGCUUCCUUUUAUUUAGAAACAAGGUAUCUGGGAGAUGCCAUUAUUUUCUAGUUUUAAUUGUUGUGCCUUUGAGUUAAAUGGCUUUUUUUUUUUUGUCUUUGGUUGAAAUAUGAACUGUAUUGUCCCAAUAUAAAAUAGUAAUUAUUUGACCUUUGCACUGUUUGUCUGGUCCUUUUCAAUUUGAUUGCAUAUAAAUGUGGGAUUUGAUAGAGCUAUUUUUUAAUGCACUUGUGAUAAACUGACAUCAGGAUCAGAUCUUUCUUUCAAAGCUCAAGGUGGACUGAAUCAGCAUGCUCGACAGGCCUCGAACCAAAACUGUAACUUCAGGACCAGCAAACUCAGCCCAAGGCAGCUAACCUCCUUCCCCCAUGUGGCUGAUCUCAGCAGCCCCGACUUGCCAGUUAGUUCUCUCAUUCACUGAGCCACCAGCCUGACUGUCCAGAACUGUACAGUCUUUUGGGUUGUUGUUUUGUUGUUGUUUUUUUGUUUUGUUUUGGUUUGGUUUAUUUGUUUUGUUUUUUUUUUAUUUUUGAAGCAGAAUGAAAAACCUUUCUAUUAGGGUUGUUUGGGGGGAGGGGAUGGGCAAAGAUAUAAACCCCAGCCUUUAAGACUUUGACAUUUGUACGUAAAUAUAGAUGUGUAUAAAUAUAGGCACAUGCAUAUUUUUAUGUGAAAGUCGAUUUUAAAAAACUAAAAAGAAAUCUAAACUGCCCUCUUAUUGGUAACAUUGAGAUGCAUAUGGAAGGAGGAGAGAGUGUAGUCUAACCCAGUUUCAUAUUGUGAGAAGAGAUGUGUGUGCUUCUGUUAACAUCCCAAAAACAGCUUUCCCAGCCUUGUUGGCCUGGAAUGGCAGGCUGAACACCCAAGGUAUCUUGGUUUGGAGCUUCUUUGACUAAUUCAAGAUCUUGAGUUCAAGGUGCUGAUAAGAGACUGCAGCUCCUUUAUCUAGUCACAGAUCUAAUGCUAAUUAGGGAUUCAGAGAGCAUCACUUUUUGGACCAGGACUUUGAUUCUGCUCCCUAUUCAUCCCAGGCUAAAAAUAAUCAGUGUUGAUUCAGAAUUGAGUACUAAGGAAGCCCUGACCAGGAAGUGGGCUACUAGCCUGGUCUGCAGGUUUUUAUUGUUUUUGUUUUUUGAGAUGGGCAUUUUUUUAAAUUAACUUUUACUUUUUCCACAAGAAAUAGAUGUUCUGAAAGGGUUUCCUUUGAGCCUCUCCUCUCUGCCCCCUAAGUGACUUAGAGAAAAUUCUAGGGUUAUGGGGUAGCAGGUAUACUAGGUAGAAUAGUAAUGCUUAGAAUAACUCCAGCAAUAUCUUGGGGCUUACUAAUGGGUUUAUGGGCUUUUUCUCCUCUGGCCUCUCCCUACCAGCCUUUAAAGAGGAAUCUUAUUUUUGAAAAGUAAUGAGAUAUAUGCACACAUUAUUUAGGUUUUUAUACCUUACUGUAUUGGCCAGAAUACCACUUUUAUUGUGUUUAUAAUCUCUCUAGUCCUCCAAAUCUUGAUCAUUCCUAUUUCCCCCCAAGUUUCUCUGCUUUCCCCCAUGUUACCUGUUCUGUAUGUUGAACAGGAAAUCAAAGACUGCAAGGCAAUUUCCUACAUGUCAAUCUCUUAUUUUUCUAUAAUUAAUUCUUGGAUGUUUAGAUAGUUGUCUAUUCCAGAUUAAAUAAUCCUUCCUGGGAGAAGAUGACCAAAAAACCCUUUUAAUGAGGUGGUUUUUCUCUUUCUAUAAGGUCAGACUGUGGGAUAUUUUGUUUCCAGAGAUGUCUGGUGGUAGAGGGUUGUGGUAGGAAUUAUCAUGAUUUUUCCAUUAAUAUUUAGGGUGAUUUUCUUAGGUAUUAGUCUUCUGAAAGAAGAAAUAAUUUCCUGGCACUGCUAGAUUCAGCUAUUGAACAGCUAAAGAAAUGGAGUAUCUUUGUGUUCUCUCAAAUCAUAAAAUGAGAAUUAGGAAGGGACCCAAUUUUUAGAUUUAAUAGGAUUUAAAAUAGUUAUUUCUUUUCUCUAGGAUGGAGUGGGAGGUUGAGGGGGCAUUCUUCAUUUUAGCUUUUAUCUGAGAACCAAACUUGCCUUUUACCCCAUCCCUAGAAUUGGUGCUGGGGGCUACUGUUAACCACCAAUGUUGGGAAAAUCUUAAUGACAAAGACAGUCUAGACAGGAAGCAGCAGGUGAGAGCAUAUGAAAUUGUUUCCAGAUCUUUAUUUCUUUAUGUAAAUACAAUGCCAAUGUAAAUCUUGUGUCAAGACAUAGAGAAUGGUGCUUUUUACUACAGUUAGCACAUGCAUUUUUAGAACUACUACAUGUUUUAGAGAAUCUUUGCUGUGUAUAUGUAAACUUCUGUAUUGUUCAACCGUUAACAAAAAUAAAUAAAUUAUUUCAUUAUUAAAGAAA